AUGGAAUCGCCCUGCUCGACGCCGAGCUCCAGUCGGUCGCGCGGCGUCACCAACGACGGUGCAGCUUCAUCGAGACUUCCACAUCAUCUUCAGCAGCCAUCUUCUAGCACUUCAGGUCCUGCUGAACACUCAAGUUCAGAGCAUAACAUACGACCUGGUCAGCCAUAUGUCACUGUACAAACGCUGAAUAAAGAAAAUCUUGUUAUUGUAGUUAAUCAAAAAACCCGUGUUCAUGACAUUCUUUGGAAAUGUGGUGAAAUUCUCGAAAUAACAGAAGACAAACUUUUCGGAUUAGCGUUACGACAACCAACGGAUGGCAUUGGAGGUGAUCAACCCAGGCAUGAGUAUUUUUUUCUGGACCCCGCUCAGAAAAUUUUCAAAUAUGCCCCUAAACAGCCGAGGUUUUCAAAUUGGCAUAAUCGAAGUACAGAAAAUCGUCCUUUACUAGUUCUGUAUUUUCGAGUUCGUGUAUAUAUAGAGCAAGUACGGUUAAUUACAUGUUCAAGAGCAUUAGAACAUUACUAUUUGCAAUUAAAAGAUAAUUUUUUGGACCAAUGGUCUGGACGACAGAGCGUAUCGGAAGGGCGAUGUUGGGAAAUGGCGUCUCUGGCGUUAAGAGCCGAUAAAGGAGAUAACCCAGGAGGCUUUUUUCGUGCCGAACAGUAUUUUCCUAUGUGGGUAAUAGACUUGCGAGGAUUAGAGUACGUACGUAAACAUAUGCCAACAGCUUUUGAUGAUCUCAAAGACCUCUCUAAAAAAGAUGCCAUGACCCAGUUUUGCCUAGAAGCUUGUCGUUCCCCCUUUGCCUUAAACUGCCAUUUGUAUGCUUUGCGACGGCACAAGAUGGAUAGUGUUGAUAAUGCUGUCCUUGGUAUAAAUGCUAAAGGAAUUGAAAUGUGUGAUAUUGGUAAAGACUUUGAACGGAUUCCCCUCAGAUCGCUUUCUUGGAAUCGAGUAAUACGAUUAUCUUUCGACAGAAAGAAAUUAACAAUUGUUGGAGCUGAUGGAACCAAGAUGUCCUUAUAUGCUCAAAGCGAGCAUAAGGCUAGGUAUUUAUUGGAACUCUGUCGAGCUGUUCAUCAGACGUUACUUGUGUUUUCUCAUCAGACAGCUCGAAGUGCUCCGUUGCCUCAGCCAUUUUUAGAGAAAAGUGUCGAUAGGCUUUCAGCUUCUUCCACUUUAGGCGUAGUUUCAAAUGAAAAUGACACUGACUCUGUCGUGCAUGAUUCAAUGAGUAGUAGUUGUGAUAGAGGACAAGGUUCCGUUAAUUCAAAACAUCGUAUACGAGUGAAACUCGAUUCCAACCUAGACCUGAAGAUUGAAAAAAUGGAACUCGAAAAUAUUCGACAAGAGAGGGCAGCUAGUCAGUCAUCGAAGAAUUCUGAACCAAGUGAACAUCGAAUUCAAGACCAUCGAGUUGUUUCUGAUGAAGAUCUGCAACAUGCUAUUUCUCCUUUCGAUUCAAAUCAUAUAGUCAGUGCGAACGUUUCCACAUCUGAAACAACAACAGCCUGUCGACCGUCUUCUGUUGAUUCCGCUUCUCAAACAGUAGAAACAGGAAGUCGCAUUGCUGCUGUUGAUUUCAACUUCAAUAAUAAGUUGGACUUAGAACAGGAAGCGUUUCCAACAUGGAACACUUUCUCCCAUAUUCAACCUGAGCCACAAUACGCUAGCUCAGCUGGCUCUCGGAGUGAUUCUGUUCAUGAGAUGAUUCCUGAAUCCAACAGUUUCCAUCAUCAUGAAAAAUGUUCAACGGCUUCAGAAGAUGAUGUAGACACAACGAUACGAUCGAACAUGACUGGAACAUCCCUAUCCCUGUCAGAUCUCAGAAGUGCUGGUUAUAUUGAGCCUCCUACUAAAUACUUAGAUAGUCCGCAAGACCAUCAUAACAAUAGGGCUGCGUCACCCGGUACCAAGCAACGUUGGACUACUGUAGGAGGCACUCCUUGCUUACCGCAAUCAAUUAAUAGCCUAGGAACUUCUGGACAAGCAAGAAGCGAGCCUAAAAUUGAUUCUGAGUUAUGGGCACCAACCACACAAGUUGCACUUAGUUCGCCCGGACCAUCUAAUGGCCGUCUCUUCACCAAACGUGGUAACUCAGGAGCUAGCCGGCUAGCGCCCAGCAUCAGCCGGGUUCAUUCCAUGCCAGCACAUUACCAUAUCAUCAAUGGAUAUUCUCGAAACACUCCAAAUGACGACUUCCCAACAUCCACAAGUCUUCAACACGUUCAGUCACUCAAUGGAGCUCGACCUCCCACGAAGUCUCGUGAUCCACCUCCGUAUGUUCCACAUGUGAAGACGUUAUCAGUUUCGGCAGCCAAUGUAUUGAAUGGACAAACUCCAUCAGGACCUCUUACUGCUGAAACAGCCGCCGGACAGCAAGCAGCUUUUCCACCAGCUUCAGCGACUUCUUCCAUGUUUACCAGCUCCGAAGAAGAGUAUUUCAUCGACUCAACGGUUCUCUCGGCCAAUCAAUUACAGAACUUCCCGAUGCUUCAAAAGCUUGUCCGUGAGUCUAAUGGGAUGCUCAGUCAUCAACGGAGACCAUCAAGCUGUACUGAUUUGUCAACUAUGUUCACAAAUAGCGUACAACGCGGUGAUUAUUUUGUCGAUUCUUCUGUGCCACUUGCUUCCUAUGGAAUUCCUCGAUAUCACAGAUCCGAGAACUACGAGAUUCGACCUACAAGUGCUGUGGCUCUUCCUCCACCUCCGCCAUAUCCAGCCAAUAGGAAAGCUCUGGUUAUGUAA